AUGUCGAACGGUUCCUCGAUCUCCGCCGAGCAUGUGUCCAAGAUCCCAUCACCUGUGACUGAGGACCGGCCUGCGAUUGAGAAGAACCACGAUCGCUCUCCCGAUUCACAAACAAAUGGUCGGUUAAGAGGCCCUGAUACUGCUCCAUCAUCCGCACCCACCAAAACUCCCCUUCAGAGGAUACCGACCGCCCAUGAUGGGGCAACUCCCGAUAUUCAAGUCCAGCGGACUGCGACCAACGUUUCAGUGGGGGGGCAAAUACAUUCGGUCUUUACCACAAAUCAAAAGAGAUUCAUCGUCUUCAUGGCUUCAUGGGCAGGAUUCUUCUCUCCUGUCUCGGGCAAUAUUUAUUUCCCCGCUUUGAAUCCGUUGGCCCAAGACUUAAAUGUGUCGAGUUCACUGAUCAACUUGACCUUGACGUCGUAUAUGAUCUUCCAAGGACUGGCUCCGACUUUUGUGGGCGAUUUCGCCGAUGCUGCUGGCCGGCGUCCUGCAUAUGCUGUCUGCUUCACUGUCUAUAUCCUCGCAAAUAUUGGUCUUGCAUUGCAAAACAGCUACGCCGCUCUCUUCGUGCUCCGAUGCUUCCAAAGUACCGGGAGCAGCGCCACGAUUGCCAUGUGUAGUGCCGUUGUGUCGGAUGUCGCUACCGCAGCGGAACGAGGCAAGUAUAUGGGACUAACGCUCGCGGGAUCUUUGCUGGGACCGGCCAUUGGUCCCGUCAUUGGCGGCGUUCUGGCUGAAUCUCUUGGAUGGAGGGCCAUUUUCUGGUUUUUGAUGGCUCUCGGUUCUGCCUUUAUGGCUGUGUUUGCGAUUUUCUUCCCCGAAACAGCCCGAAAUCAAGUCGGAAACGGAUCGGUCCCUCCCAAGGGAUGGAACAUGUCUCUCAUGAACUACCUCGCUAUUCGAAAAGCUCGAAAUCUCCCGUCCAAGAACACGCUUUCCGAGGCCAGAAAUCAUCCCAAGAAAUUCCGCUUUCCAAAUCCUCUACGAUCUCUGCAACUGGUGCUGGAUAAAGAAAACGCUCUGUUGCUGUUCUACAAUGCGUUCCUCUUCGCGGCCUUCUACGACAUCACCGCCUCUAUCCCCUCCCAAUUUGAGAAGAUUUUCCAUUACAACGAGCUUCAGAUCGGUCUGUGCUAUAUUCCUUUCGGCCUCGGUUCCAUGUUCGCAGCUCUAACGAAUGGACCACUGCUAGACCGCAACUUUGCACGUUGGUGCAAGAAAUUGGGUUUGCGGAUCAGAAAGGGCAGGAAUCAGGAUCUGAGCAAUUUCCCGAUUGAGAAGGCGAGGCUCCAGGUCGCCAUUCCCGUCGCCUAUCUGACCGCGACAUUCGUUUGUGUAUUUGGUUGGGUCUUGGACGUCGAAGGACCACUGGCAGCGUUGCUCGUGAUCCUCUUUUUCACCAGUUUCAGCAUGUCGGUCGCUUUCAACGUAACCAGCACGCUCCUGAUCGACUUCUAUCCUACGGCGCCGGCCACGGCUACGGCGGCCAACAACGUCGUUCGAUGCGUCUUGGGCGCCGGUGCUACUGCUGUAAUCAUACCGAUGAUCAAUGCCAUGGGACGAGGGUGGACGUUUACUUUCUUGGCCCUGUUUCUCUUCGCGACGUCUCCAAUGCUAUGGCUCAUUUACUUCCGCGGCAUGAAGUGGCGGACUGAGCGACGGCGAAAGGAGGAAACCAUGGCGAAAUUGAAACAGGGGAGAAUGGACCAAGACAGUGCCGGCGAGAAUGGUGAUGCGGAGGUGUGCCCCGGCAAUGGUGAGAAGCCGCCGAUGGAAGCCCGUGUACCCGAAAUGGCUGGCGUCCUCGAAGAGAUGGAUUCCGCCCUCGAGCUUUCACGGACGUCGAACUACGAUGCGAAUCAUAGAAGUGAUGAUCGAGGAAAUGUGAAAACGUGGCGUGGGUAA